AUGUCUGACCUCCCACCGAGAGGUCAGGGCGCGAGGCCCCCCAGGGCGGUUCCUAGGAGCCGUCGUGGGGGGGACUCGGGCUCCGCACCACCAGCAUUACCACCAUCGGUCGCUGGCUCAUCGUCUUUUGGUGGUGAUGCCUCGCCAAUCUCGCCAGACCCUACCUCGACUAGGGCCACAUACUCGACGGUCGUGCCAGCUCGAUCUCGCCACACGUCGCCUCGCCACAGGUCCCGUUCCACCACAGGUUCCACCCAUUCGUCCGCAGAUGAGUCUGACUCAGGGACAGCCCACCCCCAGGAGAUGGAGGUAGAGGGCACUCAGGGAGGGGAGGAGGUCUCGAGGGACCCCUCUGUCGACCUACUCUUAGGUCAAUACGCCUUGAAGUUCCGAGACAGUCGAGGAUCUUCCUGGCGAUCUCGAGGUAUUGACCACCUCCAUUGCAAAGGCCACAGACUGGGUUCUGUGGGCCGCGCACCACAAUCCGCUCACCAUCGAUGGGGGCGAUGCCUUCGUGGCCCAGAUGACGUCCUUUGUGAACGCCGUCAUGGCCACCGACUUCGCGAUCCUACCCAGGAUAGGCGUCCAUACCUAGACGAGCUCAUCGCGAGAGUGAGGGCCAACCCACUAACAGUACUGGCUGCAACUGAUGGCUCUGUCCCUCAGUCCAACCAGUAUCAGGCAGCUUCGGCUGCUAUAAUCUACAAGGGACAUUGCGAGCUCGAGAGGACUCGUUAUGUCUCUGGCAGAGUUACCGCCCCGGAUGCGGAACUCAAUGCCAUCUCGUGUGCAGUGCGCCUUGCUGUCAAGCAGGCAAAUUGCCAACAUAUUAUGGUCUUUACUGACUCUAUGGGCUCGGCCCAUAGAGCGGUUGACCCCGGCGUGCAUUCUGGGCAGGCUUUUAGUCUGUCAGUAUGUCGCGCUCUUCAAGAGUGGUUUGAGGCGGACGAUCUCCGCCGUGUUACCUUCGUCUACGUCCCAUCCGCUCUGCGGUGGGAUAUCCAUGGUGAAGCACACAAGUACGUCACCGAGCUCAAAGUCAGGGUUGGACGUCGCAAGACGGACAACUCCAUAGACACGCUACGCUCUCGAGCGGCGCACUCAGUCCUGGAUUCGUGGAGUUCCACUUUCCAGGAUCCAACCUACCAGGGCUCUGAGUUUUUAGAGCUUCAACAGCCUGACGGGCGGCCGCUACAGCCAUCGUACCUCAAUGGGGGACCUUGGCUCUCAACAUUCGGACACAGUAUUACUGAGUUCGCCCGCGUUUGCCGGUGUAUAACUGGCCACGUGCCCAUUGGAGCGUAUUACCAUCGCUUCAAGAUCAAUGAGCCUCACGGCUGCACUUGCGGGGCUGCUUUGCAGUCUCGCCAGCAUAUCCUCUUUCGCUGUCACGAUAGAUAUUCUGUACACUAUCCCCGAGAAAACGGGGAUAUUGCAUUGUUUAUGAAGUACAACCCUACGGCGUUUGGCUUCAACCGGGACCCAUCGGGUGUCGGAUAA